UGAUAAUUUUUUUUUUUUUAUAAUUAUUAUUUUUUUUUUUUUUUUUAUUAAUAUUAUCAUUAAAAAGGGGGAACACUAGAUGUGGAACAGUUUAUUGGUAAUGGUGUCGGUAUGGCCAAUGUGGUGACUAAUUGACAGGUCAACUGGCGACCAGCGAGUGGCAGAAGUGGAGUAGGAGUUGCAGGUAGCUAAGUACCAAAGGACGCGUACUGCCACACACGCUGAACACUUGAGAGAGGAGUGAAGGUAGCAAGCAGCAUUACCACCACCAACAUAAAACACCAUGGAAAAAGUAGCGCCUGAGGUGGGAAGGGACGACAUCACCAACAAGUACAAUGAAUACGCCACCAAAGUGAUGAAAUUGACCCAAGCCUUGGAAGUAAGACAAGCUUACAAGGCGGAGCUGCGAAAUAAGCUGAAUAUGAUCACGCAGCGCACGGACAAGCUGAACUCCCAAGUAGACAGGGUUCGAGUAAGGAAGAAGCGUGAGCGGGAAGAACUCGAGUGUAUAGAGCAGCUAAACAAGGAAUUGCAAGCAGCUGAGGAGGAAUUGAAAAGAAGCCGCUUUGAGGAGAUUCGUGCCCACAGACUGGAGCUUGUGAGUAAGUUUGAGGACGAGAUGCGUGUAAUGAGAUCAAAGUUUCAAGCUCUAAUGCCGGAGCGUAAGGAUGAUGGCAGUGAGGACAUUGCCAAGGAACUCGUACAUCUGGAAGAGGAAGUGGCAAGGUUGGAAGAUGAACGCAACAGCCUCUUAACUGCUGUUGACAGUGACAACUUCAGCGCUGAUGUCGCCUCUCUGCAGCUCACCACUGUUGAGGACACUGAAUUCCUGGACACACUGCAGCAGAGGAACAGAAAGCUGAAGGAUGAGGAGGCUGUCCUGAAGCAGGAAUUGGAGUCUCUGCGACUAAAAAAGAAAGCUGGCUCUGGACAACACCACACUACACAACAAUGAGUCUGCUGCCACUAACUCACCUCGCACACUUGCAUUUCGCGACAAUACAUGAACAAGUGUCAGUUACAGUUCGAGGUGACCAUAUAACACAAAUAGUAUAUAAAUGUGAAUCAAAGUCUUGGGAUCACAAUGUUUUCAGUUUUUGUUUGCUUAUAGUUGUAUCAUGCAUAUGGUUACUGAAAAAUAUACCUAGCUGAGGACGCUAGUUUGGGUAGACAUGCAUUUUUGGACUGAGAUAUUACACAACUAGUAUAUAAAUGUGAAUCAAAGUCUUGGGAUCACAAAGUUUUCAGUCUUUGCUUACUUAUAGUUGUAUCAUGCAUUUGGUUACUGAAAUAUAUACCUGAGGAUGCUAGUUUGGGUAGACAUGCAUUUUUGUGGUUAGAUAUCAACUUGCCACAAAGCACAUACACUUGUUUGAGUAUACUUUUUAUGUAUAGUAAUAUAUUUUGUUUUUGGGGGAUGCGGGUUUAUAUUCUGACUAACUAUGACUGUUUUAACGGGGGUUUAUUGGUUAACUGUUAUUUUAUGUGGAUUUACCGAUUAACUAUGAUUUCUUUGACUGAAUGUAGAAUUAGUUAAUUAAAUAUGAGUACUUUUUGGUUGAAUAUGAAGCUAUUUGACUGAAUUUACACCUGUACGCAGAUCUCAAUGAGAAGAAAUUCCAUCUCUUAUUUAAAUACACACCCAUCAUAAUCCACAGCCUUAAAA